AGCACGUGACCCGUGACGUUCCGGCAGUCCAACAUGGCGGCGGCCUUACUGAGGGUGUUCGUCUGCAGGACCAGCGGCAGAAUUUGCAGUGGGAGCUGGGGCCAGCAGCGCUCUCUGAACACUGGCCAUGGUUCUCGUCUCCGCCCCCGGCCAAUCACAGUCCUGCUUGUGACAGGAAGUGGUUACCUUGGUUACCACUUCUAUCGCAAGGGGGGUCAGGAAGAGGAUGGAACUCUGCCUUCUUUGGCCACGCCCACGCAGGUGGCGCUGUACAGCUCCCUCCCCACCCGGCUGCUGUCUCGGGGGUGGGGCCGUCUGAAUGGGGUGGAGCUGCCCUCCUGGCUCCGGACGCCCGUCCUCUCUCUUUACAUCUGGACCUUUGGAGUCAACAUGGAGGAAGCCGCCGAACAAGAUUUGCAUCAAUACAAAAAUUUAGGGGAAUUUUUUCGUCGCCGUCUGAAACCAGCAGUCCGGCCGCUCUGCGCCUCCUCCUGCCUGUUGUCUCCAGCUGAUGGGAAGAUCCUGCACUUUGGUAAAGUGAAGAACUCGGAGGUGGAGCAGGUGAAGGGGGUCACAUACAGCCUGGAGAACUUCCUGGGUCCUCAGAGGACGGAGAACACGGUUCCAGACUCGUCCCCGCUGUCCUUCAGGGACCGUCUGAUGUCCUCUCCGGAUCAUGACUUGUUCCACGUGGUGGUCUACCUGGCUCCAGGGGACUACCACUGCUUCCACUCUCCCACUGACUGGAGGGUGGAGCACCGACGCCACUUCCCAGGGUCCCUGCUGUCGGUCAGUCCGGGCGUGGCCCGCUGGGUCAGAGAGCUGUUCUGCCUUAACGAGCGGGUGGUUCUGAGCGGCCAAUGGCAGCACGGCUUCUUCUCCUACACGGCGGUUGGAGCCACCAACGUGGGAUCCAUCAGGAUCUACUUUGAUCAGGAGCUGCAGACCAACGCGCCUCGCUACAGGGAGGGCUCCUUCAACGACCGCAGCUACGUCUCCAGGGGUGGCGAGGCGGAUGGGGGCGUGGCCUUAAGGACGGGUGGCGAGGCGGAUGGGGGCGUGGCCUUAAGGACGGGUGGCGAGGCAGAUGGGGGCGUGGCCUUAAGGAGGGGCGACGCGGUGGGAGAGUUCAACCUGGGAUCCACCAUCGUUCUGCUCUUCGAGGCUCCCAAAGACUUCAGCUUCAGCCUGCAGCCCGGGCAGCCAAUCAGAGUAGGGGAGGGCCUCGGCAGCCUUCGCUUGGCUGAGGACACCCAGGGGGCGGAGCUUAAUCCAGCGCCGGUCUGAAGAGCAGUACAAAGGGAUUAUGGGAAAGGUGUGUCUCCACAGGAGGCGUGGCGUCUGUUUUCUUGUCAAAUAAUGAAGUGUCUGAUCUGUUCUUUAAUUUUGUAACAAAACAAAUAAAAGGCAAA